AUGGGACGCUUCCUUAAGGAAAAGACGGUGGCCAUCGUCGGUUGCCCCUUUAGCGGCGGUCAGCGCCGCACCGGCGUCGACACGGGCCCGCACGCCCUCGUCUCGGCCGGCCUGCCCAAGCAGCUCGAGGAGCUCGGGUGGAAGGUCGAGUUCAACGGGCAUCAGAAGUUUGAAGAGAUCGGAAAGACAAUCACCAGCGAUGCCGACAUCGGCGUCAUGAAGCAGCCCCGCCUCGUCUCGGCCGUCACCAAGGCGGUGGCGGAUACCGUCGAGAAGCACGCCCGCGCCGGCCACCUGCCCCUCACCCUCGGCGGCGACCACAGCCUCGCGCUCGGCACCGUGUCUGGAUCGCUGCGCGUCCACUCGGACGCGGCGCUGAUCUGGAUCGACGCCCACGCCGACAUCAACACGCCAGAGACGACCGAGACGGGCAACCUGCACGGCUGCCCCGUCUCGUUCCUCCUCGGCCUGCCGGGGACCGACGUCGAGCCGUUCAACUCGUGGGUGCCCGCCAAGCCGCUGCUUCGGUCCGACAGCCUCGUCUACAUCGGCCUCCGCGACAUUGAUGCGGGCGAGCGCAAGAUCCUGCGCGACAACAACAUCAAGGCGUUCAGCAUGCACCACGUCGACAAGUACGGCAUCGGCAAGGUCGUCGAAAUGGCCCUCGACCACGUCAACGGCAACUCGAGCCGCCGCGACCGUCCCGUCCACCUGUCGUUUGACGUCGACGCCCUCGACCCCACCGUCGCCCCCUCGACGGGCACCCCGGUCCGCGGCGGACUCACCUUCCGCGAGGGCCACUACAUCUGCGAGGCCCUCUACGAGACGGGCUGCCUCGUCGCCGUCGAUCUUAUGGAGGUCAACCCGUCACUCCUCGAGGACAGGGACGCUCAGCAGACCAUCGCCGUCGGCUGCUCCCUCGUCCGCGCCGCCAUGGGCGAGACGCUCCUCUAG